UUAAGGUGGACGUGACGGUGGUCUUAGGUGCGGUGGUUCUAAGGAAUAUUUCUUAACUCUUAUUAGUGCUAAAUGUUAACCUGCACAUGUGAACGCGUGUUCAUGGUAUGCUUAGCAUGCCUCUACGUGUAAAUAAGUGUUAGUGAUCACACGUGCCGCACAUUACAAGGAGCAGGAAGUAUUGGCGCGAUUUGGAGGUCAAAGUUAAAUUGACUAAUAUUUCCUGAAAAGCCUUUAACUAUCGGGAAUAAUUGCGCCGGAGUCUGCCCUUUGCUGCUGCUGCAUUCAAGGUUCAUCCGACUACGAGAAGCGGUGACCCUGGCCAUUGAGGCGCACCAUGUCGAUGUCCUAGCAAUGGAAACCAACAUACUUCGAGAUCACCUGACCGCCUCGCCUGAUCUCACUUCGCCAAGAUCUACGCCUCUGCCUGCCAACGAUCCCUCCAAAUCAGUGGUCCAGUGCCCACAUUGUGAUCACAAGCUCCUCAACGAGAAUUCACUCAAAGUCCACCUCAUCUACCAUCACGGAAUUGGACAAGAUAACAACAUGUGGAUGAACACGCAGGACAGCACAGAACCCACUCAAGCUGCUCCUAUGAGCGAUCAGCCGUCGAGCAGCAAUGACCACGCUCUGAACGAUGACAACAUCCACAAUCAGCCACAAAUCCCUGUGGAGAAUCUCGAGUUCAGUUCAGUCUUGACCAACGUGGAUGGCAUGCAUAUGUCGAGUAACUCCCAGCAAAAAUACGCUCCACCUUCUGCCAUGUCUCCUAUGCAAUUCGAUUUUUCAUCCCCGUCAGCCAAUAACGUCAGUUCUUCUUUCCAGCCGUCAUCCAGCCAGUAUUUGAACGAUUAUUCGCACAUACCAAACUCAAACGAGUACGGAAUAACUCAGUCUUACUCAACGAUCGCAGGGUUCAAUCGAGCCAAUGGCUACUCGCCAGAUGAAGUUGAUUACCAAAAUUCAUACGACAGACAAUUUGCUCCAGGUGGCCCCCGCUUCCAUCCGUAUGUCCGGUCUCCUUUGCCCUCACCGUUAGUUAUAAAGGAAGAACCCAUCAUCAAGACUGAGACUCAAGAGAUUCUGGAUCUGGAUUCUCACAGAUUUUUGCAAAACAGUUCGCACACAACGGCAGUGCCCCAACUUUCCGGGGGAACAGUUUCCCACAUCUGGAGGCCGGCUGAUCAUCAACUUAGCAAUUCACCAACCCUUCCUCCCAUGCCCCUCACCGGAGGGCAUAUGCAGUCCCUAAGCUCAGGUUCCAUGUAUGGUGGCUCAGUUAUGCACUCCCAGCACAGCCCAUCUCAUGGGCCCAUGGGUUAUCCAUCACCAAUACCAUCUAACAAUUACCACCCACAAGGCUUCUCACAAGUCAAUUCCCUUCCGCCUCUUGGCCUGCCAAAGCUAUCCCCGAAUUACCUGCAAUCGGAUUCCUCACAAAAUUCCUCUAUCAUCCAGUCCCAACCGCCGCCUCAGACCCGCCAGGCGAACGAUGGGCCUCCAACUGAGUUUCCAACUAACGUGAAAAGACCAAAAAAUUUUAAGUGCGAAAUUUGUCUUAAGUGGUUCACAAGUCAAGGCCACCUGAAGCGGCAUUACAACACUACUCUGCACAAGAACAUGGCUAAACAAAAGGAAAAUACAGCAGAGACUGAACUCACGGAUCCUCUGGCCAUGCAGAGCACUUCUAUGCAAUCAUCAAUUCUUCAACCUGUCAAUUCCCCCGCAAUGCCCUCAAUGUCUCCAGCAAUGCCACCUACCAUGUCUCCAGCUAUGCCUCCUGUCAUGACACCUACUAUGUCUCCCGCAAUGCCUCCUGGUGGUCUGCCUGCCAUGUCUCCUGCAAUGACUCCUUCCAUGUCACCGGUCAUCACUUCCUCUUUACCGCCAUCAGAUUCCCCCAUGAUGUCAUCGAGCCCACGACUCCCCUCCAAUGGGAUGACCGUUCAGCCAGGACCUGAUAGUUCCAAUCGCCUCGUAUCUGAGCCCGAGGAGAAGUCCGCUGAUCUGAAUCCAAGUCCUCUAGCUUAUCAAAUGUCUAACGAAAUCCAGUAUUCACAGGCCCCUGAACAAAAUAUUCAAUACCACUCUACGUACGGUGGUAACGAUUCCUAUGAACCAAACUACAAUGAUUAUUCUAGCCGGUCACUGGAACCGUACUCAGUGGCAUCAUCCACAAACUCCUCGAACGUUCCCACUUCCUCGACGAUGUAUCAUGGUCACUUUAGCAGCUCAAAUUCUCAAAACGGACUGGGUAUUUCGUCGCAGUUUUUUCUGACAGGUCCCACCCCAAUGACAGGGGGUGGAACUACAUUUCUCCGACCCAAUGAUUCAACAAUCCGUCCUACUCCCUCGCCGCACCCGUCCUCUCAAGCUCAUUUAGGAGGGUACAACAUGAGCCCUGUAGCCACCAUGAGCUCGAAUUUCUCCGGUGUCAGUAGUAGCAGUACAAAUGAGUAUCUUAGUCAAAGUAAUCCCGAUAUUAUGGGGCAGAAUCGGCCAGUAAAUAGAUACUCCCCCCAGGAAAAUGCGAGUGGUGAAGUGGAUUCCAUCAUUGAUGGAUUCACGACAUUCCCUAGUUUGAAUUCCAUGGAAGCCAAAGAUCAGGCAACUAGGCAGGAAAUAAAUAACCAUUACUUUGCUGAGCCCGAUGGUCGACCUCCGUCCAUAUCCCCUGAGGUGAGGUCUGGUUCAGCUCUCGAUAGCACUUCAGAUGGUUCAAGAGACUCGAUCAGUACCACGGCCAGUGGAGGAAGUACCUCAAGUAACACUCCUACCACUAAGACCAAGGAAGGCAAAGAUGCACCUGUCAAGUGCCCUGACUGUUCCAAGGUUUGUGCCAGUCCCUGUUAUCUUACUCAACACAGAAAACGUUACCACUCAGGAGUUCUGGAUUACAAAUGUGAGAAAUGUGGCAAAAAGUUUUCCGAGCGUACAAAUUAUGAGGAACACAAGCUAAAGCACGCCGGAGACAAGCCUUACAAGUGUGAAGAAUGUCCCAAGCAGUUCAACCACAAAACAGACCUGCGGCGACACAGCUGUUUACACACCGGCGAAAAACCGUUCCACUGCCCUACAUGCAACAAGGGGUUCAUUAGGAAAGACCACAUGAUGAAACAUCAGAUGACCCACGAGAAGAAACGUCAGGCGGCCGCUGCCGCAGCUGCGGUCAACAGUAUUCCAACUUCUCACCAUAUUCCUGUUUCUAUGAAUGGGGCGUUACCUGGCUACCCACCUGCCCACAUGCCCACUAACGCUCUCAUGCCUGACCGUUUCAUUCCCAACUCGUACCCAUCAAUGGGCCAUCAUCACCAUCUAGCUCCUCCACCCCACCACAAUCCGCCGACCUUGGCUCAGCACCCAUCAAGCCUACCUCGGGUAUACUGACAGUACCGAGAGUACUACUACCCAUAUCACAAUCAUUACUUCUACUCGAACACAAACCACUACGUGCCUUCUGCCCUAAACUGUUGAGAGCACCCUAGGCCGCCUUCUGUUUGCUAACUUUAGAAUUCAUUGAAAUUAUUGCCGUUCGUUUCGCAUCCUAAGCUGCGAUCGUAACCACGUCCACCUCCCGUCUCAAGUCUUGUCCUGCUUCGGAAGUUGCUUAGAUUCUUGCGAUGCACCUAAAAUCGCUUGUGAUUAUUAUGAAUCUGUAUUAGUGGUAGAUGUUAAAGCAGAUGACGCCGUGCCAAUCUAGCUAGGUUACUGAAUUUCUCGCAUAGUACUAGAACUAGAGGAUUACUAGCUGCACCUGCUGCAAGUUUCGUGAUGGACUCCUCUGUACUCGAUGGAGAGUGGUGGUUUAGUGGUGCGCAAUGCAUAUCGUGUGCUUGUAAGGACCGUUGUCAAUUCACUUCUGCGUAUCUUUCAAGAUUGUUCUAAAGGUGUCUUCUGAUUACUCACGGCAGAGUUGCCAGUUUUCAACUGCCUUCGUGUAAAGCUUCUACCUUCCGUUAGAUCUUCCUCGCCGGCUUCCUCUGCCCGACACUUGUUGCAACUGAUCACACACAUCGUCGUUUAUAAUCAUAAUCAUUCCAUGUAGUGUCUAAGCUGUAAUGCUCAUAUGAAACGUUAGAUCCUUGCACUGGUAAGGAGUGACGUGUCUCUCUUCCUGUUUAAUUUUCAAACUUCGGCUCAGUAUUAAGUUCGAUGACAUUCUGUGGUGAGCGCAGGUACUAAGUCUAGUUUAUUGAUAAGGAAAAUUAAUCAUUUUAGCAUAUCUGUGUAAAGACAUUGUUAUUUUAGUAUUAAAUUAUGAGGGUUUUUGCCGUCAGCGUUGCGCUGGAGCAGACACCUUAGUGUGUUAUUCUUUGUAACUAUAUGACGAAUUCUCAGAGGAUGUUAGCAACGCACUGAAUCAAAAGAGGCUGCUAGCCUGCUUCCGCCUAUAGACUUG